CCGAGUCACUCUCACACAACCCUCUCAAAUGAUGCCGAGAUAGCGCGUCGUACUCAGCGUUCCUGUCCUUGUCACUACACAUUCCUGCCGCCAGCAUGGCCUCCCCCUCUCCCUCUCCCUCGCCUGGCCACGAAAUGGGCCCGCUACGCCGCUGGACCGCCUCCUUCCUUACCCUGCUAGCAUUGGCCGCCUGCCUCUCAAACGGCUCAGCCUUCACAGUCGCUCACACUCUCCUCGCCGACGAGUUCAGCAUCGAUGAAUCCACAAUAGCCAACACCUACUGGCCCGUCACGACGUGGGCCAUCGGCGGGGCCUUGUUCGCCCUCGUAGCCGUCCCCCUCAUGGAGGAUCACGGCAUCUACUGGCCUUUUCUAGCGUCGUGGGUGGCAAUGAUAGUCUGCAUCGUACCACAAGCAGUAGCGCGCAACUAUGCGACUGUGCUUGUGACGCGAUUCCUCACGGGCGGAUUCGUGGGGAUCAUAGCCACUUCUAGCAUCUCGAUCUUGACGGGAUUGUGGAGCGACGAGAGAACGAGAGGCAUGUGGGUCGGAGGGUACAUGGCUGCGUACAUUAUUGGCUCCUCAGUGGGACCCGUCAUAGGGAGUAUAGUCCUGUCAACGGGAGCUGGCUGGCGUGCCAUAUUCUGGACACAAGCAGUCUACCUCGCCGUGCUCCUCCCCUUUCUCGCCUUGCUCCUCCCUCAAGUCCAGGCACACGUAGAACCCAAGUCCACGCAAACAAGUAUCCCAGUGACUGUACGCCGCGCAAUCCUCAUGCUGGCAACGGAGCCACUCGUGCUAAGCUGCACCGCAUGGACGUCGUUCCUCCUCGGCACAAUCUACCUUUUCACGCAGUCCGUCGAGCAAGUCUACUUGGAGCUCUACGGCUGGGAUGCCACGCAGGCCGGCUUCGUUCAAGCGGCAACCGUCGUGGGGGAGCUGUGCUCUAUCCCUUUUUUGUUCCUCACCAACUCUCUCUACUGGGCAGACGCACGUCGCAAUGGCAGAGGCACCCCGCGCGCCGAGGCUCGUCUUCACCUUGCCCUCCCUGGCGGCUUGAUAGGCGUCACGGGUGGGAUGAUGGUGUACGCCUUCUCCUCGUACCCGCACGUACACUGGAUGGGACCAACAGUCGGCCUCGCAAUGGUAGGGUGCGGCAGCGUCAUCGUAAUCAAUUGCGUCGCCUCAUACGUUGUGGACGCCUACGCCGACGUGGCCGGGAGCGCAAUGACGGCCCUCGCUUUGGGGGAGAAUAGCUUCAUCGCCUUUCUGCCCUUGGCGGCGCAGCCUAUGUACACGAGGUUGGGCCUCAAUUGGGCCUCCUUUCUCCUAGCAUGCGUGUCCCUCGCCCUUUCCACCAUCCCGCUCUUUGUGUUCGCGAAGGCAUGGAAGGUGGGGCCGCGCGGGUACUUGAGGGAAGUGCAGUCGCGCGGGAGGACAUUGGAGAGUCGUACCACUACAACCGGGUCUCUGUAAUCGAUCGUCCGCCUCUUUGUGGGCUGGACGCCAUCUUAUUUUGUACAAUUGCAACGCAUCGCCAUGGUCACCGCUCUCACUGCUCCUGCCCCUCCUUCCCUUCCUUCCCUCCCAGCGCCCUCCAUCGCAUUACGACUCUAUCCCCGCCACUGCUCCCACCCCCGCCAUUCCGCCUCUCCAUCUCCAGCGCAUGGAAGGCAUCGCUCAGCAAGACGCGUUUACGCUUCUUCCUCUCCUCUUCCUGCUUAGCCAGAGCUCGAAGGGAGAGGUCACCCCAGCCUUGUGGAUUCACCGUCCCUUCCCUCGCGAUGGGCGAGCCAGCCUUGCCCGAGGGAGCGCGUGCCCAGCCUGCUUGGUUGCCCUCCUGCUGCUGCACGGGGGGUUGAGGAGCGAAGCGUGGUUUGGGAAGAUUGCUUGCGGGGCUCAUCCCGCCCUCUCCACCUGCUGACCCGAAUCCUCCUCCCCCCGCCCCCGCGCCGGCUCCACCACCCAUCG